AUGGCGGCGGCGGCGGGCGGCGGCAGUUGCCCCGGGCCUGGCUCCGCGCGGGGCCGCUUCCCGGGCCGGCCGCGGGGCUCCGGCGGGGGCGGGGGCCGCGGCGGACGGGGCAGCGGGGCCGAAAGAGUGCGGGUACCUCUGCGGCGCGGCGGCGGCGCGGCAGGGCCGGGCGGAGCCGAGCCCGGGGAAGACACGGCCCUGCGCUGUUUGCUGGGGCUCCGCCGGGGCCUGCACCGGCUCCGCCGCCUGUGUGCCGGCCCGCGCGUUCAGCGAGGCCGGGGUCGGGGCCGGGGCCGGGGCUGGGGGCCAAGCCGGAGCAGCGUGCCGGAGGAGGAGAGUAGUGACGGGGAAUCCGACGAUGAGGAGUUUCAGGGUUUUCAUUCAGAUGAAGAUGUGGCCCCCAGUUCCCUGCGCUCUGCGCUCCGAUCCCAGCGAGGUCGAGCCCCCCGAGGUCGGGGCCGCAAGCAUAAGACGACCCCCCUUCCUCCUCCUCGCCCAGCAGAUGUGGCUCCUACCCCCCCAAAGACCCCUGCCCGGAAACGGGGUGAGGAGGGCACAGAACGAAUGGUGCAGGCACUGACUGAACUUCUCCGGCGGGCCCAGGCACCCCCAGCCUCCCGGAGCUGGGCAUGUGAGCCUUCUACCCCACGGCGGUCUCGGGGACGGCCCCCAGGACGGCCAGCAGGCCCCUGCAGGAAGAAGCAACAAGCAGUAGUGGUGGCAGAAGCAGCUGUGACAAUCCCCAAACCUGAGCCCCCACCUCCUGUGGUUCCAAUAAAACACCGAACUGGCAGCUGGAAGUGCAAGGAGGGGCCAGGCCCAGGACCUGGGACCGCCAAACGUGGAGGACAGUCGGGGCGAGGAGGCCGUGGAGGCAGGGGCCGAGGCCGAGGUGGGCUCCCUGUGGUGAACAAGGUCGUUUUAAAGGCCAAAAAAGUAAAGAUGGAACAAUUGUCCUUGGGACUUGAAUCAGGUCAGGGUCAAGGUCAACAUGAAGAAAGUUGGCAGGAUGCCCCCCAAAGAAGAGUUGGAUCUGGACAGGGAGGGAGCCCCUGCUGGAAGAAGCAGGAGGAGAAACUGGAGGAGGAGGGAGAGGAGAAGAAAGAAGAAGAAGAUGAUGACAACAAAGAGGAGGGAGAAGAGAAAGAAGAGAGAGCUAUAGCUGAGGAAGAGAAGAUGCUCCCCAAGGAAAAGGAAGAGGCAAAGCUACCAUCACCACCUCAGACUUCUCCAGCCCCUUCGCCUCCUCCACCCCUUCCACCUCCUUCAACAUCUCCUGCACCACCACUUUGCCCUCCACCACCUCCAGUGUCUCCCCCACCCAUGCCGUCCCCUCCACCACCUCCUGCCCCAGAGGAGCAGGAAGAAUCCCCUCCUGUGGUCCCAGCCACAUGUUCCAGGAAGAGAGGCCGACCUCCCUUGACUCCCAGUCAGCGGGCAGAGAGGGAAGCUGCUCGGGCUGGGCCAGAGGGCACUUCUCCUCCCACUCCAACCCCCAGCACCACCACAGGAGGCCCUCCAGAAGACAGUCCCACCAUGGCCCCCAAAAGUACCACCUUCUUGAAGAAUAUUCGGCAGUUUAUUAUGCCUGUGGUGAGUGCCCGCUCCUCCCGUAUCAUCAAGACCCCCCGGCGAUUUAUGGACGAAGAUCCCCCCAAAGCCCCCAAAGUGGAGGUCUCACCUAUUCUGCGACCUUCCAUAACCACCUCCCCACUUGUCCCCCCGGAACCAGCACCAGCCCCCUCUCCACCACGUGCCCCAACUCCCCCAUCUACCCCAGUCCCACUCCCCGAGAAGAGACGGUCUAUCCUAAGGGAACCCACGUUUCGCUGGACCUCACUGACCCGGGAACUGCCCCCUCCUCCCCCUGCUCCUCCACCAGUUCCAUCCCCACCCCCUGCCCCUGCCACUCCCUCCCGAAGACCCCUGCUCCUUCGAGCCCCUCAGUUUACCCCAAGCGAAGCCCACCUGAAGAUCUACGAAUCGGUGCUUACUACUCCUCCUCUUGGGGCUCCUGAAGCCCCUGAGCCAGAGCCUCCUCCCGCUGAUGACUCUCUAGCUGAGCCUGAGCCGCGGGCAGUGGGCCGCACCAACCACCUCAGCCUGCCUCGGUUUGCCCCUGUGGUCGCCACUUCUGUUAAGGCCGAGGUGCCCCCUCCUGGGGCUCCAGCCCUGAGCAAUGGGCAGCUGCCUCAGGCUCAGCCACAGCAGCCCUUGCAAGCCUUGCAAACCCAGCUCCUACCCCAGCCAUUGCCACCACAGCAGCCACCAUCAUCACCACAACAGAUGCCACCACUGGAAAAAGCCCGGAUUACUGGCCUGGGUUCAUUACCAUUGUCUGGGGUAGAAGAGAAAAUGUUCAGCCUCCUCAAGAGAGCCAAAGUGCAGCUGUUCAAAAUUGACCAGCAGCAGCAGCAGAAGGUGGCAUCUUCAAUGCCACCAAGCCCAGGGAAGCAAGUGGAGGAGGUCGUUGGGACUGUCAAGCAGAUCUCAGACAGAGGUUCUGUAAGGUCUGAAGAUGAAUCAAUGGAAGCUAAGAGAGAGAGACCCUCGGGCCCUGAGUCCCCUGUGCAAGGCCCCCGCAUCAAACAUGUCUGCCGUCAUGCUGCUGUGGCCCUGGGUCAGGCCCGGGCCAUGGUGCCUGAAGAUGUCCCCCGUCUCAGUGCCCUUCCUCUUCGGGAUCGGCAGGAUCUUGCCACAGAGGGAAUAGACACGUCAUCAGCAUCUGAGACGGAGAGUGUCCCAUCACAGUCCCAGCUGGUAAAGGUGGAGUCAGCAGGGCCUGGAGGAGACUCAGAGCCUACAGGGUCUGGAGGGGCCCUGGCCCAUACACCCCGGCGCUCACUGCCCUCCCACCACGGCAAAAAAAUGCGGAUGGCUCGGUGUGGACACUGUCGAGGCUGCCUUCGUGUGCAGGACUGUGGGUCGUGUGUCAACUGCCUGGAUAAGCCCAAGUUUGGGGGCCCCAAUACCAAGAAGCAGUGCUGUGUAUACCGGAAAUGUGACAAGAUAGAGGCUCGGAAGAUGGAACGCCUGGCCAAAAAAGGCCGGACGAUAGUGAAGACGCUGUUGCCCUGGGAUUCCGAUGAAUCUCCUGAGGCCUCCCCUGGUCCUCCAGGCCCACGCCGGGGGGCGGGAGCUGGGGGGCCCCGAGAGGAGGUGGUGGCCCCCCCAGGAUCCGAGGAGCAGGACUCCCUCCUACUGCAGCGCAAGUCAGCCCGGCGCUGCGUCAAACAGCGACCCUCCUAUGAUAUCUUCGAAGACUCAGAUGACUCAGAUCCUGGGGGUCCCCCUGCUCCUCGUCGUCGGACCCCCCGAGAAAAUGAGCUGCCAGCUCCAGAGCCUGAGGAGCAGAGCCGGCCCCGCAAACCCACCCUGCAGCCUGUAUUGCAGCUCAAGGCCCGAAGGCGCCUGGACAAGGUCAGCAUGGCCCACUUCAAGAACCUCAAACCCUGUGAUGCUUUGGCCCCUGGCCCCUUUGCUGCUUUUCCCAAUGGCUGGACUGGAAAACAGAAAUCCCCUGACGGUGUGCACCGAGUCCGUGUGGACUUCAAGGAGGAUUGUGACCUAGAGAACGUGUGGCUGAUGGGUGGUCUGAGCGUGCUCACUUCCGUGCCAGGGGGGCCACCAAUGGUGUGCUUGCUGUGUGCCAGCAAAGGACUGCAUGAGCUGGUGUUUUGCCAAGUCUGCUGCGAUCCUUUCCAUCCAUUCUGCCUGGAAGAAGCUGAGCGGCCCCUGCCCCAGCAUCAUGACACCUGGUGCUGCCGCCGCUGCAAAUUCUGCCAUGUUUGUGGACGGAAAGGCCGGGGAUCCAAGCAUCUUCUGGAGUGUGAGCGCUGUCGCCAUGCUUACCACCCGGCCUGCCUCGGGCCCAGCUACCCAACCCGGGCCACACGCAGACGGCGCCACUGGAUCUGUUCAGCCUGUGUACGCUGUAAGAGCUGUGGGGCAACUCCAGGCAAGAACUGGGACGUGGAGUGGUCUGGAGAUUACAGCCUCUGCCCCAGGUGCACCCAACUCUAUGAGAAAGGAAACUACUGUCCAAUCUGCACGCGCUGCUAUGAAGACAAUGACUACGAGAGCAAGAUGAUGCAGUGCGCACAGUGUGACCACUGGGUGCACGCCAAGUGCGAGGGGCUCUCAGAUGAAGACUAUGAGAUCCUCUCAGGACUUCCAGACUCGGUGCUGUACACGUGUGGACCAUGUGCUGGAGCAACACAGCCCCGCUGGCGAGAGGCCCUGAGUGGGGCCCUCCAGGGGGGCCUGCGCCAGGUGCUCCAGGGCCUGCUGAACUCCAAGGUGGCAGGGUCACUGCUGCUGUGCACCCAGUGUGGGCAGGAUGGGAAGCAGCUGCACCCAGGACCCUGUGGUCUGCAAGCUGUGAGUCAGCGCUUUGAGGAAGGCCACUACAAGUCUGUGCACAGCUUCAUGGAGGACAUGGUGGCCAUCCUGACAAGGCACUCAGAAGAAGGAGAGACCCCAGAGCGCCGGGCUGGAGGCCAGAUGAAGGGGCUCCUACUGAAGCUGCUAGAGUCUGCGUUCGGCUGGUUCGACGCCCAUGACCCCAAGUACUGGCGACGGAGUACCCGGCUGCCGAACGGAGUCCUUCCCAAUGCGGUGUUGCCCCCAUCCCUGGACCAUGUCUAUGCUCAGUGGAGACAGCAGGAACCAGAGACCCCAGAAUCAGGGCAGCCUCCAGGGGAUCCCUCAGCAGCUUUCCAGGGCAAGGAUCCAGCUGCUUUCUCACACCUGGAGGACCCUCGUCAGUGUGCACUCUGUCUCAAAUAUGGAGAUGCAGACUCCAAGGAGGCAGGGCGGCUCCUGUACAUUGGGCAGAAUGAGUGGACACACGUCAAUUGUGCCAUUUGGUCAGCUGAAGUGUUUGAAGAAAACGACGGCUCCCUCAAGAACGUGCAUGCUGCUGUGGCCCGAGGGAGGCAGAUGCGCUGUGAGCUCUGUUUGAAGCCUGGAGCCACGGUAGGCUGCUGCCUUUCCUCCUGCCUCAGCAACUUCCACUUCAUGUGUGCUCGGGCCAGCUACUGCAUCUUCCAGGACGACAAGAAAGUAUUCUGCCAGAAACAUACGGACCUCCUAGAUGGCAAGGAGAUCGUGACCCCCGACGGUUUUGAUGUUCUCCGCCGAGUCUAUGUGGACUUUGAGGGCAUCAACUUCAAGCGCAAAUUCUUGACGGGGCUUGAACCUGAUGCCAUCAAUGUGCUCAUUGGCUCCAUCCGAAUUGACUCCCUGGGUACUCUGUCUGAUCUCUCAGACUGCGAGGGACGGCUCUUCCCCAUUGGCUACCAGUGUUCCCGUCUGUACUGGAGCACAGUAGAUGCUCGGAGGCGCUGCUGGUAUCGGUGCCGAAUUCUUGAGUAUCGACCCUGGGGGCCUCGGGAAGAGCCUGUGCACUUGGAGGCAGCAGAGGAGAACCAGACCAUUGUGCACAGCCCCGCCCCUUCCUCAGAGCCCCUAGAUCAUGAGGACCCCCUACCAGAUUCAGAUGCCCUUAUCCCUGGAGCUCCUGAGCACCACUCUCCUGUUCAGAACCUGGACCCCCCGCUUCGGCCAGAUUCUAGCAGUGCCCCUCCUCCAGCCCCUCGCUCCUUCUCAGGGGCUCGAAUCAAAGUGCCCAACUACUCACCAUCCCGGAGGCCCUUGGGGGGUGUCUCCUUUGGCCCCCUGCCCUCCCCUGGAAGUCCAUCUUCUCUGACCCACCAUAUUCCUACAGUGGGAGACAUGGACUUCCCAGCUCCUCCCAGACGCUCUCGUCGUCCCAGCCCACUGGCCCACAGGCCGCCACCAUCACGGCGGACCUCCCCUCCUCUCCGAACUUCCCCUCAGCUCAGGGUGCUCCCUCCUACCUCAGUCGUUGCAGCCCUCACACCUACCUCAGGGGAGCUGGCUCCCUCUGGCCCGGCUCCAUCUCCACCACCCCCUGAAGACCUGGGCCCAGACUUUGAGGACAUGGAGGUGGUGUCAGGACUGAGUGCUGCUGACCUGGACUUUGCAGCCAGCCUGCUGGAGACUGAGCCCUUCCAGGAAGAGAUUGUGGCUGCUGGGGCAGUGGGAAGCAGCCAUGGGGGCCCAGGGGACAGCUCAGAGGAGGAGGCUAGCCCCACCACCCGCUAUAUCCACUUCCCUGUGACUGUGGUAUCUGGCCCUGCUCUGGCUCCUGGGGCCCUCCCUGGGGCCCUCCCUGGGGCCCCCCGCAUCGAACAGCUGGACGGAGUGGAUGAUGGCACAGACAGUGAAGCUGAGGCAGCCCAGCAACCUCGGGGUCAGGGGACUCCUCCUUCGGGGCCAGGAGUGGGCCGAGCUGGGGUCCUCGGGGCUGUGGGGGACAGAGCCAAACCUCCUGAGGACCUGCCUUCAGAAAUUGUGGAUUUUGUGUUGAAGAACCUAGGAGGACCUGGGGAGGGAGGCACUGGUCCCAGAGAGGAGUCACUCCCCCCAAUACCUCCCCUGGCUAAUGGCAGCCAGCCACCCCAGGGUCUGCCCCCUAGCCCAGCUGACUCCACCCGCACAUUUGCUUGGCUCCCUGGGGCCCCAGGGGUCCGGGUGUUGAGCCUGGGCCCCACCCCUGAGCCCCCCAAACCUGCUGCUUCCAAAAUCAUCCUUGUCAACAAGCUGGGGCAAGUCUUUGUGAAGAUGGCCGGGGAGGGUGAACCUGUCCCACCCCCAGUUAGGCAACCACCUCUGCCCCCUACCAUUCCCCCCACAGCCCCCACCUCCUGGACUCUGCCCCCAGGACCCCUGCUUGGUGUGUUGCCAGUGGUAGGGGUGGUCCGCCCUGCCCCGCCCCCACCACCCCCUCCACUGACGCUAGUUUUGAGCAGUGGGCCUGCCAGUCCACCCCGCCAGGCCAUCCGUGUCAAGAGGGUGUCCACUUACUCUGGCCGGUCCCCGCCAGCACCUCCCCCAAACAAAACCCCACGGCUAGAUGAAGAUGGAGAGUCACUGGAGGAUACCCCACAAGUUCCAGGGCUCGGGAACAGCGGAUUUAGCCGAGUGAGGAUGAAAACGCCCACAGUGCGUGGAGUUCUCGACCUGGAUCACCCUGGGGAGCCCACUGAGGAGGAAAGCCCUAGGCCCCUUCAGGAACGGUCCCCUCUGCUGCCACUUCCAGAAGGUGGUCCUGCUCAGACCCUAGAUGGUCCCCCAGACCUGCUGCUCGAGUCUCAGUGGCACCACUAUUCAGGUGAAGCUUCAAGCUCUGAGGAAGAGCCUCCAUCCCCAGAGGAUAAAGAGAACCAGGCCCCGAAACGGACUGGCCCCCAUCUGCGCUUUGAGAUCAGCAGUGAGGAUGGGUUCAGCGUGGAGGCAGAGAGCUUGGAGGGGGCGUGGAGAACUCUGAUUGAGAAGGUGCAGGAGGCCCGAGGACACGCCCGGCUCAGGCACCUCUCCUUUAGUGGAAUGAGUGGGGCAAGGCUCCUAGGCAUCCACCACGAUGCUGUCAUCUUCCUGGCAGAGCAGCUACCCGGGGCCCAGCGCUGCCAGCACUAUAAGUUCCGCUACCACCAGCAGGGAGAGGGCCAGGAGGAACCGCCCCUGAAUCCCCAUGGGGCUGCUCGUGCUGAGGUCUAUCUCCGGAAGUGCACCUUUGACAUGUUCAAUUUCCUGGCCUCCCAGCACCGGGUGCUCCCUGAGGGGGCCACUUGUGAUGAGGAAGAAGAUGAGGUACAGCUGAGAUCAACCAGACGUGCCACCAGCCUGGAGCUGCCCAUGGCCAUGCGUUUUCGUCACCUCAAGAAGACAUCCAAAGAGGCUGUUGGUGUCUACAGAUCUGCUAUCCACGGGCGAGGCCUGUUCUGUAAGCGCAAUAUCGAUGCCGGUGAGAUGGUCAUCGAAUACUCUGGUAUCGUUAUUCGGUCUGUGCUGACUGACAAGCGGGAGAAGUACUACGAUGGGAAGGGCAUCGGGUGCUACAUGUUUCGCAUGGAUGACUUUGACGUGGUGGAUGCCACAAUGCAUGGUAACGCAGCGCGCUUCAUCAACCACUCGUGUGAGCCCAACUGCUUCUCUCGUGUCAUCCACGUGGAGGGCCAGAAACACAUUGUCAUCUUUGCCCUACGUCGCAUCCUGCGUGGUGAAGAGCUCACCUAUGACUACAAGUUCCCCAUUGAGGAUGCCAGCAACAAGCUGCCCUGCAACUGUGGCGCCAAGCGCUGCCGCCGGUUCCUUAACUGAGGCCGUGGCCGCCCACCACGACCCCUCACACCUCCUGCUGCCAUCUUGCCCCAGCCCGGGGAUUCCCUAAUCCUUCCCAGAGCAUCUCACUCCUACCCUCAUGUUCAGGGUGGAUGUGGGCAUGCAGGUGGCAAGGGCCCUGCCUCUGUCCCUCUAGCCCACCCAGCAAUUGCCCCCUUCCUGCCCUGGGGGCCCAGGAUGUAGAUAUUGUACAAAGAUUUCUAAAUCCCUUCUUUUCUAUGCACUUUUUUAUUUAAGAGGGUGGGGUCCCGGGUGGGAACCCCCCACAAUAAAGUCUGUCAAUGUUUGGA